UUGAGCUUGGAGAUGGGGCGGGGAAUAUCGAAUUCCUACGAAUAGCCGACCCAGCCUAAUUCUAGCUGAGAAAUCAACCACCUCGACAGCCCCUAGUUGGCGCAAUCCAACAUAGAGCAACUCGAGCCUCCUGCGGAUAGGCGGAUAGUGUCACUUAGUUGUCACUUAGUUGCGGAUGGACCUGGACCUGGACUUGGAAACCAUGCCACCGCGCUCACCGCCGUCGCCCGAUCCGCAUCCUUCGAAACGCCAACGUGCUUCCUCACCGGAUAAGGACUCGCCUUCGGAAGGAAAUGGAGCUCCUACCUCCCCCACCGCCGAACAUUCGUUGCAUGAUGGCGCUAGCCAAAGCUCAAAGAUUAGCCAAUCCACAAGCUUCCGCAACGUCAGCGCAUGUAACCGUUGCCGGUUGCGCAAGAAUAGAUGCGACCAGAAGUUGCCCAGCUGCGCCAGCUGUGAGAAGGCCAGGGUCGCCUGUGUUGGCUACGACCCUAUAACUAAAAGAGAGAUUCCGCGCAGCUAUGUCUACUAUUUAGAAACUCGUGUCGACCAAUUAGAAGCCCUACUUCGCCGCAACAACAUUCAAUUCCCGCCCGCUAAUAAUCUUGAAUAUUGUUCGCGACCCGGAACGGACGGCGGCCUUGGGAGAUCACCCACAGAUGGUGCACCUUCAGCCGUACCUGGAAUCACAGAAACCUCGAGUAGUGCGAAACCCCAUAAGGGUAAUGAUGAUGUGGAGAAACCAGUUAAGAUUGUGAGGCCUGGUGGGAGUAGCGGCCAGAGACACCUCGGAUCUGCUACCGGGAUAUCGUUUGCGCGUGUGGUAUUUGCUGCUGUACAGUCAUCUGUAGGAGAUCAGAGGUCAAAUUCCGACAAGACCGGUGUGCGGCCCUACCGACCAAUUGCAGGAAACGGGGCCGCGGCGUCGGGUACGUCAAUGCGUGACUCCUUUUUCGGCCUCCACACUCGGCCGACCAUCAGGCCAGCCGAAUUCCCUCCUAGAGAGCUUGCUAUCAAAAUGGUCGAAUUGUAUUUUCAACAUGCGAAUCCCCAGAUACCCGUCUUGCAUCGAGAAAAUUUUAUGCAACUCUUCGAACGUGCAUAUGCCGAAGAGGGUAGGGUACGAGGACCAAAGGAGCUCUAUCUCUUAAAUAUGGUGUAUGCUAUCGGAGGUGGCAUAAUUAUGGAUGCCCAGACGACAUCCGCCAAGGCGAGUGGCGAAGAGAAGAAGCAGGCUCAACCCGAGGAAUACCAUGCGAGUGCUGUCGUUCAUUUGGAAGCCUGUCUGAGCAACAGCGGCGGAGGACUAGAAGAGCUUCAAGCUGUCCUACUGCUAGCUAAUUUUGCCCUUCUUCGCCCGGUCCCCCCUGGAUUAUGGUAUAUCGUUGGCGUCGCCGUGAGGUUGGCAGUCGACCUGGGUCUUCAUUAUGAAGAUGGGAAAGAUGUAGAGUUUGACCUUACUUCGAGGGAUAAAAAAACUGAUGAACCAAAUGAAAAAUCGCGAGAAGCCUAUCUACGUGAGAGGGGAAGACGCGAAUACACACGCGACCUUAGAAGACGAUUAUGGUGGUCCACAUAUUCCCUCGACAGACUUGUUAGUACUUGCGUUGGACGACCGUUUGGUGUGUCGGAUCAAGUGAUUACGACCGAAUUCCCCUCCUUGCUAGAUGACCGCUAUAUUACUUCGGAAGGAUUCAAAGGGCGUCCCGCCGAGGGCGAGCCCACGUAUAAAAUUGUUGCAAAGCAUUACUUCCGCCUCCGACUACUCCAGUCUGAGAUUUUGCAAGUCUUGCAGUACCAGCAAACGCAGAUGGCGAGGUUUAAUGGCCAGAAUACGAGAAACGAAUAUAUGCACACUCAACUUCCGUCACCCUUCUUACAUAGAUUUGAUUCAUUUAGGAACUGGCGAAGGAAUAUCGACCAGCGAUUAUACGAUUGGAAGAAUUCUGCACCGACAAAGCAGGAUUCGGGAGUUGCAUUUCAUCCUGAAUUCCUGGAACUCAACUAUUGGCAAACUAUUAUUAUGCUUUAUCGACAGAGCCUAAGCGUGCCAUCCAUGUUCGAAGGCGAAUAUAAUACCUCGAAAGAGGUUAAUAGCCCUUCCAUUUAUGCCGCCGAGUCACGAGAAGACGAAGAGAGAGUAUACGUCAAGGUUGCCGAAGCAGGCCAGAAAAUCCUUCGUUUAUAUAGACAACUCCAUCUUAUGGGGCUUGUCAACUAUACAUAUCUAGCUACGCAUCACCUUUUCAUGGCGGGAAUUUCCUAUCUUUAUGCGAUUUGGCAUUCGCACGUCGUCCGAAGCCGGCUUACGAUGGACGAGGUUGAUUUCACGAUAUUAGCAGCCACAUCGGUUUUCACGGAUCUUAUCGAAAAAUGUCCGCCAGCGGAAGCUUGCCGGGAUGCUUUCGACCGAACUGCGAAAGCAACUAUUAAAAUGGCAAAUUCUACCGGCGGUUUUGGACAAGUACUGCAUCGGAGCAAGCGCUCCGCAAGAAAUGGUAACGAAAGAAGCGACUACAUGAACGCCAGAGACGCGACGGCUAAUCGACACAAAGCUCAUCACCGCGCCUCGUUAGACCACACAGGUUCCCAGACGACUUCAUCCUAUAAUACUCCCGGGCAGGAAAGUUAUAGCUCGCAUAACACGUCACAUAUGGGUUCUAUACAAGCGGCAUCACAAGCCGGCGGGUUCCGCCUCUCUAUGCCCCACGUCAAGACAGAACAAGACGGAUACUCGAUGAUGCGCUCCAUGCCGCAAUCAACCCUUAGUACGGCUAGUUUGUCCGAUGUGGCCUCGCUUCCUGAUAAUUCAGCCAUCGAUCCCGUUCUUCUGCCUUCCCCCGGCGCGCAUACUAGCUCUCCGGUAUCCGUUAAUAGCUUGACACCGCAAUCUAAUCCAGGACAACCGUACAAUCAGAACACAGGAAAUUCGAAUUUCAACUUUAGAUCACCAGCCGCCACCUUCACCCCCGGCAGUGCGAUAAACUAUUCAGACCUGCAAGGCAUGGACUUCUUACAGGGUAUUCAGGAACAGCCGAAUGCGGACGGUGUAGUCAAUGCGGAUAUACAGAUGGACAUGGGUUUUGGACUUGGCUGGGAAGGGAUGCAUCACGACUUCAGCGACGGACAGCAGGUCGAUUUAUUCGACGGAUUCUUCUUCGGAGGACAGCAAGGGGGAGGAUAAACAACUAUAAAAAAAUUCGAGCUUCUGGAACCAUGACGGUUUCAGUUUAGUUUGCUCUACGACGGCGUUGGAGUAUAUGGUAUCACAUAGGACGAUUAUUUCAACAAGCUACCCCAGAUAUGAGCUUAAAUGAGGCAUGAGGAAUGGAGAUAUCUAGGUA